AUGGAACAGAGGGAUUGCAAACCCUAUCAGCCACUUUCCAAGGCCCGGCACGAGAUGGAGCUAUCCUACACCAGCUCUUCAGAAGACAGCGACGACGGACGCGACCCGCGGAAACCCUACACCUCCCGAGACACCCCGCCCGACUACGGCCAGGACCUGCGGCUGAACUACAACAGCCACAGCAAGAAGCGCAAAGUCGGAGACGGGCCCACGCAAGAGUUGGAGUUCUGUGAGCCUCCCCAGAUGCUCUGCCCCAGCUACCAGGUGGAGCUGCGCUCGGUGCCCCAGCGCGGCUACCCGCUGGCCCUGGGUUCCGACGUGGACACGGAGACGGAGGGAGGCCCCUCCCCGGACCACGCCCUGCGGCUCUGGAUGCACGAGAUCAAGUCGGAGCACAGCUCCUGCCUGUCCAGCCGAGCCAACUCCGUGCUGUCCCUCACCGACACCGAGCAGGAGAGGAAGUCUGACGGAGAGAACGAGUUACCCAGCAGCCCACAGGGCCAGUUCACCUUCAGGCCGCUGCCCCCGCCGCCACCCCCUCCGCACGCCUGCACCUGUGCCAGGCCGGCGCCCCACGCCCCUGAGUCCCUGCACAGGAACACCAUGCCAGCGCGCAGCCAGGCCACGGAGGGCAGCGGUACCCAGAUGGACAGCGGGCAGCUCCACAACAGCUGGGCCCUCAACAGCAACAUCCCUUUAGAGACCAGGCAUUUCCUGUUCAAGCACGGCUCCGGCUCCUCGGCCCUCUUCAGCGCGGCCAGCCAGAACUACCCGCUCACCUCCAACACCGUGUACUCGCCCCCGCCGCGACCCCUGCCCAGGAGCACCUUCUCCAGGCCCGCCUUCAGCUUCAGCAAGCCCUACAAGUGCUGCAACUGGAAAUGCACUGCCCUCAGUGCCACCGCCAUUACAGUCACCCUCGCCCUCCUGCUCACCUACGUCAUCGCAGUUCACCUGUUUGGCCUGACGUGGCAACUUCAACCCACAGAGGGGCAGCUGUACGAAAACGGCCUCAGCAAACUGGAUCGAGACAUCGCCGUCUCUACCUUCUCUCCGCUCAAUCCACCUGGUCCCAACAAGACCAGCAGAGGUGAUAAAGGAGAUAAAUCUGUGUUCCAGAGGGGGAGAGUGAUUGACAGAGGAGAGGUAGAUAUUGGCAUCCAGGUGACUCAGAUCAUUCCCCCUGGGCUUUUCUGGCGUUUCCACAUCACCGUCCACCACCCGGAGUACGUCAAGUUCAACGUUUCCCUGGCACGAGACGCCCUGCUGGGCAUCUAUGGGAGGAGAAACAUCCCGCCAACUCACACCCAGUUUGAUUUUGUCAAGCUUCUGGAUGGGAAACAGCUUAUUAAGCAAGAGCUGAAGACUCCAGAAGAUUCUAGUUUCGCACCCCGGAAUCUCAUCCUCAACACUCUGCAGGAGACUGGAUUCAUUGAGUAUAUGGACCCAGGGACAUGGUACCUGGCCUUCUACAACGACGGGAAGAAAAUGGAACAAGUCUUCGUCCUCAGCACCACCAUCGAAACCAUGGACGGGUGCUCGACCAACUGCAAUGGGAACGGGGAAUGCGUUUCAGGCCACUGCCACUGCUUCACCGGGUUCCUCGGACCGGACUGCGCGAAAGAUUCUUGCCCGGUGCUGUGCAGUGGAAACGGGGUUUAUGAGAAAGGUCACUGCCAUUGCCACCCAGGCUGGAAAGGACCAGAAUGUGACAUCCAGGAAGACCAGUGCAUCGACCCUACCUGCUCCAACCAUGGAACCUGCAUCCAGGGCAUCUGCAUGUGCAUCCCUGCCUAUAAGGGCAACAACUGCGAACAAGUGGACUGUGUGGAUCCUCAGUGUGCGGGCCAUGGCGUGUGUGUGAAAGGGGAGUGCCUGUGCUCACCGGGCUGGGGUGGUCCUAGCUGUGAGAUCCCCCUCCCUGCCUGCCAGGAACAGUGCUCGGGGCACGGGUCGUACCUGCCCGAAAAGGGCACCUGCACCUGUGAGCCCAGCUGGACCGGCUCCGACUGCUCCACAGAGGUGUGCCUGGUACCGUGUGGCAGUCACGGGAGGUGCUCUGAGGGCCGGUGUCAGUGCGAGGACGGUUGGGACGGGCCGGGGUGUGACCAGCGGACGUGUCACCCUCGGUGCGAGGAGCACGGCCGGUGCAAGGAUGGGACCUGUGAGUGCCAUCCCGGCUGGGAGGGGGAGUACUGCACCACCGCACACUACUUGGAUCUUGUUGUUAAAGACGGUUGUCCGGGACUCUGCAACGGUAACGGGAGGUGUACUCUGGAGCAGAAUGGCUGGCGUUGCGUGUGCCAGGCAGGCUGGAGCGGCAUGGGCUGUAACGUCGUCAUGGAGACGGAGUGCGAGGACAACACCGACAACGACGGAGACGGGCUGACGGACUGUGUGGACCCGGACUGCUGCCAGCAGACCAGCUGCAGCAGCGGGCCCCUGUGCCAGGGCUCUCCCGACCCUGUGGACCUGGUCCAGCAGACCCAGGCGCCCUUCCUUUCGCUGCCCCCGCGCCUCUUCUUCGACCGCGUCCGCUUCCUGGUGGGCCGGGCCAGCACCCACGUCUUCCCCGGGGACAUCCCGUUCGACAGCAGCCGAGCGGCUGUGAUCCGGGGUCAGGUGGUAGCGCUGGACAGGACCUCGCUGGUGGGCGUCAACAUCAGCUUCCUGUAUUCCCCGGAGCAUGGCUUCACCGUCAGCCGCCAGGAUGGCAGUUUUGACCUGUUAGCACCCGGGGGUGUCUCCGUUACCCUGGUCUUUCAGCGAGCCCCCUUCCUCACUCAGAGACGUGCCGUCUGGUUGCCCUGGAACCAGUUUGUGGUGCUGGACAGGGUCACCAUGGACAGGCUGGAGACUCCCCCCCCUGCCUGCGACAUCAAGAACCUGGCUAUCCCCUACCCCAUCGUCCUGCCCUCCCCUCUCACUAGGUUUGCGGGAACCUGUGAGGAACGAGGCCCCGCUAUCCCGGAGCUACAGGCCGUUCAGGAGGAGAUCGCCAUCCCCGGCAGCUUCCUGAAGCUCAGCUACCUCAGCACCCGUGCCCCGGGCUACAAGUCCCUCCUGCGCAUCAUCCUGACCCACUCCGUCAUCCCCGCUGGCCUGGCUAAAGUGCACGUGUCCUCCACCGUGGAGGGGCGCCUCUUCCAGAAGUGGUUCCCUGCCGCCCCAAAUCUGGUGUACAUCCUGGCCUGGAACAAGACCGACAUCUACGACCAGAAAGUAUUCGGCUUGACGGAAGCAAUCGUGUCCGUGGGCUACGAGUAUGAGUCCUGCCCCGACUUCAUCUUAUGGGAGAAGAGGUCCACCCUGCUGCAAGGCCUCGAGAUGGUGGCUUCCAACUUAGGAGGGUGGUCCCUUGACAAGCACCACAUCCUCAACUUACAGAGCGGUGUAUUGCACAAAGGGAACGGGGAGAACAUCUUCAUCUCCCAGCAGCCUCCAGUCAUCACCACGGUGAUGGGCAAUGGCUACAUCCGCACCAUCCCCUGCCCCAGCUGCAACGGCCCCGCCCUGGGCAGCGCGCUCUUCGCCCCCGUGGCGCUGGCCUGUGGGUCGGACGGCAGCGUCUACGUCGGAGACUUUAACUUCGUCAGGCGGAUCCUCCCGACCGGCUACACAAUCAGCAUUCUGGAACUGAGGAACCGGGAUAUAAGGCACAGCACGAGCCCGGCGCAUAAGUACUAUCUGGCCAUGGACCCGGUGAGGGAGGCCCUGUAUCUGUCGGACACCAGCAGCCGGAGGGUCUACAGGCUGAGGACUCUCACCGAGCCCAGGGAUAUGGCCAAAAACAUGGAGGUGGUGGCAGGCACGGGGGAACAGUGCACGCCCUUCGACCAGAGCCACUGUGGAGACGGGGGGAAGGCUUCCGAAGCGGCGCUCAACAACCCCAGAGGCAUAGCUGUGGACAAGCGAGGGUUUGUCUAUUUCGUCGACGGGACCAUGAUACGGAAAAUCAACGAGAAAGGCGUGAUAACGACGGUUAUCGGUUCCAACGGGCUGACGUCCACCCAACCGCUGAGCUGUGAUGCCGGGAUGGACAUCGGUCAGGUCCGCCUCGAAUGGCCCACUGAUUUAGCAGUAAACCCGCUGGACAACUCCCUCUACAUCCUGGACAACAACAUUGUGAUCCAGGUGUCGGAGAGCCAACAGGUGCGCAUCGUGGCGGGGCGUCCUAUCCACUGCCAGGUCCCGGGAAUCGACCACUACUUAGUGAGCAAGGCUGCUGUCCACUCCACCUUGGAGGCCGCCAAGGCCAUCGCCCUGUCCCACUCGGGUGUGCUCUACAUCGCCGAGACGGAUGAGAGGAAGAUCAACCGUGUCCAGCAGGUCACCACCAACGGGGAGAUCUCUGUCAUUGCCGGGGCGCCCUCCGAGUGCGACUGCAAGAUCGACCCCAACUGUGACUGCUUCUCAGGCGACGGUGGAUACGGCAGGGACAGCAAGCUGAAGGCCCCGUCCUCACUGGCGGUGUCCCCCGACGGCACCCUGUACAUCGCCGACCUGGGCAACAUCCGCAUCCGAUCCCUGAGCGCCAACAGGCCGCGCCUCAACGCCCGCAACAUGUACGAGAUAGCGUCGGCCGCAGACCAGGAGCUCUACCUAUUCAGCGCCAACGGCACGCACCUGCACACACGCAGCCUCAUCACCGGCGACUACACGUACAACUUCACGUACUCCGCGGAGAGGCACGUGAGCACGGCGGUGGGCAGCAACGGGAACGCCGUGCACAUCCGCCGCGACGCUAACGGCGUGCCCCUAUGGCUGGUGGUGCCUGGCGGCCAGGUGUACUGGCUCACCAUCAGCAACAGCGGCUCUCUACAGAGGGUGUCGGCGCUGGCCCACAACCUGGCGCAGAUCACCUACCACGGCAACCUGGGUCUCCUGGCAACCAAGAGCAACGAGAACGGCUGGACUACUAUCUACGAGUAUAAUGCCGAAGGUCAUCUCAUCAACGUAACCUUUCCGACGGGGGAAGUUGCCAGUUUCCACGGUAACAUGGAAAAGACCGUGAGAGUUGAGGUGGGCACGUCAAACAGGGAGAACUUCAUCACUGCCACCAACUUCUCAGCCAGCAACACAAUCUACACUCUGCGUCAAGACCACGCCCAGAACACGUACCGCGUGAGCGCCGACGGCUCCCUGCGCGUGACCUUUGCCAGCGGCAUGGAGGUCACCCUCAACACGGAGCCGCACAUCUCCGGAGGCGUCGUCAACCCCACGGUGGGAAAGUGCAACAUCACCCUGCCGGGGGAGUACAGCCCCAGCCUGGUGGAGUGGAGGCAGAGGAGGGAGCAGGCCAAGGGCAACUUCUCGGCCUAUGAACGUCGGCUGAGGGCCCAUAACAGGAAUCUGCUGUCCAUAGACUUUGACAAGGCCACCAGGAUGGGCAAGAUAUACGAUGACCACCGCAAAUUCACCCUCAGGAUCCUGUAUGACCUCAUGGGCCGUCCCAUUGUGUGGUCUCCCAGUAGCAAAUACAAUGAGGUUAAUGUCACUUACUCACCAACAGGCCUUGUUACCAGCAUUCAGCGGGGAAAUUGGUCUGAAAGACUUCAGUAUGAAAGCGGAAGAAUCGUUUCCAGGACGUGGGCCAAUGGGAAGAUUUGGAGCUACAGCUUUCAGGAAAAGUCGGUCCACCUCCUCCUGCACAGCCAGCGCAGGUACAUCUUCGAGUAUGACCAGACGGACCGGCUCCUGUCCGUCACCAUGCCCAGCAUGGUGAGACACAGCCUGCAGUCCAUGCUGUCAGUGGGCUACUACCGCAACAUCUACAGCCCCCCCGACAGCUCGGCCGCGGUCAUCCAGGACUAUGCCCGCGACGGCCGCCUGCUCCAGACGCUGCACAUGGGUACCGGCCGCCGCACCCUCUACAAGUACACCAAGCAGUCCCGCCUGGCCGAGAUCCUGUACGACACCACCCUGGUCACCUUCACUUACGACGAGGCCUCGGGCGUGGUGAAGACCAUCCACCUCAUGCACGAGGGCUUCAUCUGCACCAUCCGAUACAGGCAAACGGGUCCUCUUGUUGGACGCCAGAUCUUCAGAUUCAGCGAGGAAGGACUUGUAAAUGCACGGUUUGACUACAGCUACAAUAACUUCAGGGUGACCAGCAUGCAAGCCAUGAUCAACGAAACCCCGUUACCCAUCGAUCUCUAUCGCUACGUGGAUGUUUCCGGGCGGAUCGAGCAGUUUGGAAAAUUCAGCGUCAUCAACUACGACCUCAACCAAGUCAUCACCACGCACAUUAUGAAGCACACCAAGAUCUUCAACGCCAACGGGCAAGCGAUCGAGGUCCAGUACGAAAUCCUCAAGUCCAUCGCCUACUGGAUGACGGUGCAGUACGACAGCAUGGGGCGCACAACCAUCUGCGACAUCAGGAUCGGCGUGGACAACAACAUCACGCGCUACUCGUACGAGUACGACGCCGACAACCAGCUCAUGAGCGUGUCGGUCAACGACCGGCCCCAGUGGCGGUACAGCUACGACCUGAACGGAAACAUCAACCUGCUGAGUCACGGAAACAGCGCCAGGCUAACCCCGCUACGCUACGACCUGCGCGACCGCAUCACGAGGCUGGGGGAGAUACAGUACAAAAUGGACGAAGACGGUUUCCUUCGCCUGCGGGGCGACGUGGUUUUCGAGUACAACUCCAAUGGGCUCCUGAUGAAGGCCUACAACAAAGUGUCGGGCGUGAGCGUGCGCUACCGCUACGACGGUUUGGGCCGGAGGAUGGCCUGCCGCACCAACCUCGGCCAGCACCUCCAGUUCUUUUACGCCGACCUCAGCAAGCCCACCAGAGUCACGCACAUGUACAACCACUCCAGCUCGGAAAUCACGUCUCUGUACUACGACCUGCAGGGCCACCUUAUCGCCAUGGAGCUGAGCAGUGGAGAGGAAUACUACGUCGCUUGCGACAAUUCCGGCACGCCGCUCGCUAUUUUCAGCAGCCGAGGUGAAAUCGUGAAAGAAAUGCUAUACACCCCUUAUGGAGACAUAUACCAGGACUCCAACCCCUCCUUCCAGCUGGUCAUCGGUUUCCAUGGCGGCCUCUACGACUCCUUGACCAAGCUGGUUCACCUGGGGCGGAGGGACUACGAUGUGGUGGCAGGUCGCUGGACCACGCCCAACUACGAGUUGUGGGUAGAGCUCAGCGUCAACCCAAAGCCAUUCAACCUGUACUCCUUUAAAAACAACUACCCGGUUGGAGAGCUGCAAGAUGUUUCUCAGUUCACAACAGACAUUGGUAGCUGGCUCCAGCUUUUUGGUUUCCAGCUACACAACGUGGUUCCUGGUUUCCCCAAGCCAGAUGUGGAGAGCAUGGAGCAGACCUAUGAGCUGAUGAAGACCCAAACCAAGACACAGGACUGGGACCCUAGCAAGGUGGUCCUAGGGAUCCAGUGCGAGCUGCAGAAGCACCUGAGGAACUUCAUUUCUCUGGACCGUCUGCCCAUGGCUCAGGUGAGUGGCACACCGGGGGGCUGCCAGGGACGCAGACCCCGCUUCUCCGCCAUCUCCUCCGUAUUCGGCAAAGGCGUCAAGUUCGCCAUCACGGACAACGUGGUCACCGCCGACAUCAUCGGGGUGGCCAGCGAAGACAGCCGACGCAUCGCCUCUGUCCUCAACCGCGCCGUGCACCUGGCCGGCCUGCACUUCACCGUGGAGGGCCGAGACACCCACUACUUCGUGAAGGCGGGUCCCCUGGAGGAGGACCUGGCCGCCAUGGGCGGGGCGGGCGGGGGCAGGGUCCUGGAGAACGGCGUCAACGUGACCGUGUCCCAGAUGACCUCGGUGGUGGGCGGGAGGACUAGGCGCUUCGCCGACAUCCAGCUGCAGCACGGGGCGCUCUGCUUCGUCGUCCGUUACGGGGCGACCGAGGAAGAGGAGCGGGCCAGCGUCCUGGAGGCGGCUCGCCAGAGGGCGGUGGAGCUGGCCUGGGCCCGGGAGCAGAAGCGGCUCCAGGAGGGCGAGGAGGGCGUCAGGGCGUGGACAGAGAGCGAGAAGCAGCAGCUGCUCGCCGCGGGCCGGGUGCAAGGCUACGACGGCUACUUCGUCCUGUCCGUCGAGCAGUACCUGGAGUUCUCCGACAGUGCCAACAACAUUCACUUCAUGAGACAGAGUGAGAUAGGGAGAAGGUAA